CGAAUCCGACCGGGCGAGACUGCAGCAGUUUUCCACCGCUCCGUUUCCGAGUCGUCGUCUCCCCCCUCCUGCGCCGGCGCGGGAUGGCGGCGGCGAUGGCGGCGGCGGGCGGGGUGGGGCUGCUCUACGACGAGAGGAUGUGCGCGCACGCGACGCCGGACGGGGAAGACCACCCGGAGAAGCCCGAGAGGCUGCGGGCCAUCUGGCGCAAGCUCUCCGCCGACGGCGUCGUCUCCAGGUGCAUGAUCAUGAAAGCGAAGGAGGCUGAGGACAAGCAUAUAGCUUCUGUCCAUAGCAAGAACCAUAUCAAGCUGAUAAGGAGUAUCAGCUCAAAAGAAUAUGAUUCCCGUCGAAACAAGAUUGCUAAGAGACUCAAUUCCAUUUACUUCAACAAGGGCUCCUCGGAGUCUGCUUUUCUUGCAGCUGGUUCUGUGAUUGAGGUAGCUGAGAAGGUGGCUGCAGGUGAGUUAAGGUCUGCUAUUGCUCUAGUCAGACCUCCAGGCCACCAUGCUGAACAUAAUGAGGCAAUGGGUUUUUGCCUGUUCAACAAUGUAGCAGUUGCUGCUGAUUAUCUCUUAAAUGAGAGGGCUGACUUAGGUAUCAAGAAGAUAUUGAUUGUCGAUUGGGAUGUUCAUCAUGGAAAUGGCACACAAAAGAUGUUUUAUGACGACCCUCGUGUAUUGUUCUUUUCAGUUCAUAGAUUUGAUUACGGAAGCUUCUAUCCUGCGGAAGGCGAUGCAUCUUACUGUUUCAUUGGGGAAGGAGCUGGUAAAGGGUACAAUAUUAAUGUGCCCUGGGAACAUGGAAGAUGUGGUGAUGCAGAUUAUAUUGCUGCAUGGGACCACGUACUGCUUCCUGUUGCUGAAGCAUUUGACCCUGAUAUAAUCUUGGUGUCUGCUGGGUUCGAUGCAGCAUUGGGUGAUCCUCUUGGUGGUUGCUGCAUCACUCCAAAUGGAUAUGCUCUGCUACUGACCAAGCUGUUAGGUUUUGCUCAAGGGAGGAUAGUGAUGGCUCUUGAAGGAGGCUAUAACCUUAGAUCCAUAGCAAAUUCAGUUAGUGCUUGUGCUAAAGUUUUGUUGGGAGAUAAAUUCAGAUAUGACGCUCCUGAUAUGCAACCAUUUGAAUCUUCAUGGAGAGUUAUACAAGCGGUACGUGAUGAACUGAAGACACUCUGGCCUGUUCUGAGUAGUAGAUUGCCAGAGAAUGUAUCAUUGAGGAGUAGACCCACACAAACUGAGCUGUAUUCUUCCUCUGGUUCUGAGUCUGAUGUUGAAGAGCUCCCUGAUGCUAUUGCAUCUGUCAAUUUUAUUCAAAUUACUGAUGGUGUUAUAAGUGAAAGCCUCUCGAGGUUGAGACUUGAUGAAGACAAAAUUGCAACGACAGCCACCUCAAGUAACAUAACAGUUGAACAAAGUCCAGCUGAUUUAGCUGAACCACAAAAUGUUGGAUCUACUGCAGUCUCUAAAGAAAUACCAUCUCUAUCUUGGAGAUCAGAACUAUCAAAAGUAUAUGUUUGGUAUGCCAGCUUUGGUUCAAACAUGUGGACACCAAGGUUUUUAUGCUACAUUCAAGGGGGAAAGGCUGAGGGUAUGAAUAUACCAUGUUUUGGAUCGCAUGAUCCAAGCCCACCAUGUGGUACCAUGUGGAAGACUGUACCUCAUCGAUUGUUUUUUGGUAGAUCUUCUACCCCCUGCUGGGGAAUUGGUGGUGUUGCUUUUCUCAACCCUGAGAUAAACGACUCUGAAAACUCCUAUGUCUGCAUGUACAAAAUAACGCUUGAGCAGUUCAAUGAUGUAUUGUUUCAAGAGAAUCGUUUAGUGAAGGAGAACAAUGAAAGCGGAAAAACUGAAUCUCCUAACUCUCCUCUGAUUGGCUUAUCUGAAAUAGAGUUUGUUUCCAGCAACAAAGCUGUCCAUCUUGCACCAAUUAAGGAUAGCUGGUACUCCAAUGUGCUUUACCUUGGCGAGGAAGAUAAACUUCCAAUUCUUACAAUGACGUGCCCCUCAUCAGACGUAGAGCGAUGCAAAUCCGGUGAGCUGCCAUUGUCUCCUCCAUCGAAGACCUACGCCACCACCCUGAUAAAGGGACUGGUGGAAGGGAAGCACCUGGAUUCUGACGCCGCCACUAGCUACAUCAACGCUGCAGCCACCAGAGGCCUGUGAACGCUGCUUCACUCCGCCCUGUGUGAAUUGUGAUUUGUACAGCCAGUAGGAGUCUACGACUGUAGGAGCAAGGUUUGCGAAACUGUAAAAGAUAGUGCUUGUUGAUUCUGGACGACCAUGGGAGCCGUCUGUAGAGGUCUCAUGUCCUGCCAAUUGGGGGAACUGUGAGUCUACCCGAUCAAGUUCCCUAGGAUCGUUGAGAAUCUUUAGCUAGCGCUUAUACCUCGGUUUGGUCAUUCUCUCAUUUGGUGCUCUCCCGGGAUUGGUUUGUGGUGGGUUGGUGUGGAGAAACACACACUAGUUGCAACUUUGCAGGUUGCAAAUAGAUGGUAUGCAUUUUGCCA